CUCUCUCUCUCUCUCUCUCUCUCUCUACCCUCUUCCUAUUUUCAUGGCAGAAAAGCUGAGGAGAUGCCCAUGAGGAUUUUUCCAGCUGAAGAGGGGGACAGACUUCCCAUUUUGAUAUAUAGAGUGCUCUCUCUCUUGAGUAAGAGAUGAAUUGCGGGCCGCCACCGCCGCCGCCGCCGCCACCGCCACCGCCGGGCGAUCUGUGCUUCUUCAACCUCAAUUGGGAUCAAUCCAUUGACCCAAAUGGUGAGAUCUCCUCACAGCCUCACUAUGUGGCCGCUGCUCCUCUAAAUUCCCCUCCAAAAUUGGAUCUUUCCAUGAUAAGUCACCUCCACCACACUCAGCAAGCUCAGGGAAGCUUGCCCAUUUCGGAGGGUUUGAUGCCCAUCACCCAUUUGGAUCAAUUCCCCACUGACUCUGGGUUUGUCGAACGGGCCGCGAGGUUCUCCUGCUUCGAUGGCGGCGGCGGUGGUUACGCCGGAUUCGGGCGGAGUUUGACGGCGAACAAUGUGGAAUUGGGGAACGCCCGAGAGGAAUCGUCGGUCUCGGAUCCGGCCUCGGCGAGCGGCGAGGUGAGCUUGAAAGGUCCCCCCUUUGAGAGCAAUGCACGAAAGCGGAAAGCGGCGCCGAAGGGCAAAGGAAAAGAGACUUGUUCUACCAUUUCUUCCAAUGAUCCUCCCAAGAACUCUGAGGCGAAGGAUCCGAACGCGAAGAAAUGCAAAUUGGGGGAGAGCGAGGGAACCAAAGACGAUUCGAUCAAGCCGAAGGUUGAGCGAAAUAAUGCGAGCACCACCGACAAUGGUAAUGGUGUUCAGAAGCAAGGCAAGAACAAUACGAAGCCUCCCGAGCCUCCGAAAGAUUAUAUUCAUGUUAGAGCAAGAAGAGGCCAAGCAACUGAUAGCCACAGCCUCGCAGAGAGGGUCAGGAGAGAGAAAAUCAGCCAGCGGAUGAAGUUACUACAAGACCUUGUCCCUGGAUGUAACAAGGUUACUGGCAAAGCACUCAUGCUCGAUGAAAUCAUAAACUAUGUACAGUCGCUGCAGCGACAAGUUGAGUUUCUUUCAAUGAAGUUGGCCACUGUGAAUCCCAACUUGGACUUCAAUAAUCUGCCUAAUCUCCUCGCAAAAGAUAUGCAUCAAACGUGUGGUGGUCCAUUAGUGAACUCGAUCUUUCCUUUAGAAACAUCCGGCGUGGCAUUAUCAUACGCCAGCCAACCUCAGCAUGGAAACCUUCUCAAUUGUUCUAUCGCCAAUGUCUUGGAGAACCAUUGCUCUAUCAACCCAUUAGAUUCCGCUCUUUGUCGAACUAUGAACACACACCAUCCUUACUUCAAUGGAAUCGGAGAUGCUGCUUCUCAGAUGGGAACGUUUUGGGAGGAUGAUCUCCAGAGUGUAGUUCAGAUGGAUAUCGGACAAACUCAGGAGAUGGUAGUCUCUUCUCAGAGCUUCAAUGGUCCAUCAGAAUCAGUUCACAUGAAAAUGGAACUGUGAUAACUCGAAGUGACUCGGGUGAUGAUGCCUUUGUGUAUAUGGAGAUGGCGGCUUGCAGCGGUAGAAGCUUUAAACUAACAAUUUAUAGCCCUAAGUGGAUUUCAAUCUAGUCUAUAAUUUUUUUCUACGCUAAAUGAUUUUUCGGGCGAAUCUCAUGUCAUAUGUUGUAGUUUCUCGCUAGGCUAAUUAUGUCGUUUGGUGCAUAUAGUACAAGCACCAUCUCUAAGGCGUAAGGGGCGAGCAAGAGAGCGGAGCUGUGAUUGGACGAAUGUUUCUUUUCAUCAUCAGAUUUCUACCUUGAAAUUAUGGUGUUUCUUUCGAUAACUUCGUCGCAAUUUCCUGCCUACUGUUUCAAGAUAAUUCAAAGUUCUUCGAUAUAUCACUAAUUCUAGGGAGCAAUAUGUUUCUCCGCUGACUUGUUGGUGUUAAUCGUUAAUCGUAAUGGCUAAUCGGUUUUUUUUU